GACUGAAUGGAGUGUACUUGUAUCUCACAGGUUAGAGUUAAAUGAGCUUUUCACUUCACAGUCCUCAGAAACCAAUAGUCCUGCUCCAAAAGCGAUCUGUUCAGGGGUGUGUAAUGGUCUUAACAAGGUCUUAACAAACAAUGUCUUUAAUUUUCAGGGUUUAGAGCCUCCCCCUCCUUACGUCCCCUGCACUUUUAAAUCUGCCCAGGCCGUCUGGACUGUCUCCUUUGUCUUCUCAUAUUGUUAGAAGCAUGCCAUCUGCUCCGUGUUAUUAAAGGCGACUUUAGAUUUAAAGCAGCACAACUUCUGCUGCUCCCCUUUCCCCAAAACUUCAGUCUCACUAACUUCCCAAACAUAGUCCAGCAUACAUUUCUUCUCAACUUGAACGGGGGCACCUCCAGUUUCAGUGUUUUUAAUCUCCCAAAAUGAUCCUUUAUUUUAACAUAACGGUGUUUGGUAGCUUGUUGACGUCAGCGUCAGAGUCCCCCUUUUUUUGUGGAGCAGUCUGUGGGAAAAAAAAUCAACCAGGAUGCUUUUCACUCCCUGUCCGGACUGCUGCACACACCGCUCGGACUCUCUGUACAGGAGGCUCGACCACUUGUAAAAGGUGUAAUAGCGGGAUAUGUUUGGAAGAGCGGCGGUGUUAAAGAGGGCCUACGAUGAAAACGUGGACUCCGGAGCUGAGACUGCCGAAUCUGACUGCAGCAGGAUGUCAUCCUCUGGCAUUGCGCUCAUGACCACUCGGGUCAGGCAGCAGAAGCAGCAGCAGCAGCUCCUGCUAAUGAACUUGCAUCUGCUGGCCAACCCUGGAGACUCACUGCUGCUGCAGCACACCCUUGAUCGCCUCCUCCACUGGCUCUGCCCAACACUCCGCAUCUUCCAUGUGUCAGAGAGGGCCUCCCCAUUCAGAAGUUACACCCGCCUCUGUCCUGUGGCAGGCUACCCUUCUCUUGCCAUCACCUUCUUCCUCCAUGAGGCGUAUGGAGAGGAGCGAAUCCUCAAAGUGCUGGACUUCUUCCAGCGUCCGCCCUGGCAGUACCAUCAUACUGAGAGCUGCGGGAGCCGAACUGGAGGGAUCCACAUUACCUCCAGCAGCUCACCUGCCAAUGCCCUGAUGCGACCGUACCUCCUGCCCAGCAGAGACUUCUAUAGUUUGGGUGCAGGCAUGCCUGUGUGGGGGGUUCGACCGGUGCACUGCGGAGGAGAAAUACUACGUGUAACAAUGUACAGUGUAUAUGACAAUUACGAGGAUAGCGUGCGGCUCUAUGAGACAGUGCUGCAGCGACAGGCAGAGGAGCAGAAGACAGGCUUCUGCUGGUUCACUCUCCACACAG